GCGCUCAGACCAACAGACUUCCCCAGAUUUGUCAUACCACGCGAUGGUGGAGUGAUGAAAUAACAACGGACGACUCGUCGUUUUACUCUUUAAUUCAGCGUAAGCCAAAUGGGAAGUGUCUCACAAGAACAUGUUCCUCGCACCGGCGUAGAGGACAUCUGAUAGUGACAGGAGCGUACCGCUGUUGGCUUUAUCACAAGCUCCAGUCACGGCGUUAACAUCUGAAAAGCGGCUUGACAGUGAAGACACCGAGACGCGGGUAACGAGGAAUGAUACGGAAAUGGCUGUUGGUUAAACACGUAUUUUGCGCAAGACUUUUCCUAUGUUCAUAGCUGAAGCGGACCGCUCCAUGUACUGUAAUAUGGGAACAGGUUGUUGUUAGAAAAUGUUGUAACGUCUGGAAACCGCGGAACGAACAAGCCAAGCAAGCUGUUAGCGAUUAGCUGUUGUCGCUAGCUUGCCUAGCUGUGCAGCAACCACACUGUGAAAUGGUUUAUCCGGCAACGAAACGACUUGUAACAAGCUUGUGAACGUAAAUAUUGAUACAAAAUACUUAAAUGUUUAGAUCAACAACAGCACGAUUCGAGCUCUCUUCAGUUAACUUGUUUUUCUCCAGAGACCGCUACAUUACUUGACGUUAUCAAACUUCGUUUGCUGGGUAACGGUGAACUUCUGUUAUGGCUGGCAAAACGCAACUCCAGACUUCACUUCUUAUGGAAAGUGGCAGCGCAUUUUCGGUGUAAAAAGUCAGCUUGGGCCUCCCUAGGAACGUGACUGUUGUCAGUUUUUUCAGUUCUGAAGGGAUUAAACGCCUCUGAUCUAAUUUAGAGUCAUUUUGAAGAAGACAUGAUCAGAAGACACGAUUAAGAGCCCUGCAAAUGACUGUUAAAUCGCCCACUACGGAUUCCGAAAUGUAGACCGAAAUAACGUAAUCGUUGCUUUAUUGGCUCCAACUGCUAAACAGAGCUAAUGCAUCAGCUGUCAGCUUCAAAGUGAGAAAGAUCUGAUUAGCCGACCAGUCCAGCUGUCCUCAUCAACGUUUACAAAAUGAAGAGAACAGAGAACAAACAUAAAAGAAAACUGUGCAACACUGAUCAGCAGACUAGCGGUGCUGAAGGAAAAGACGGGAAGGAGUUUGCGGCACCUCCUCCUCUGUUGUUUAGGAAGUUGAGUAAUCCUGAUCUGUCUCCUGCGGCGGGAAAGACCAAACUGCAGAGACAGUUCAGCCAGGAUGAGAGCAGAGCUCGUCGCAGCAGCAUGGCUAGUGGACUCACCGGGAAGCAGUUGCUGCCAUUGUCCAGCAGUAUGCACAGUGGGGUGAACCAGCUGUGGCAGCAGCAGGCAGCAGAGCCCAAUAACCUGGUGUGUAUGAGGAAUCAGUCCCUGGGCCAGUCUGCUCCAUCUCUCACUGUGGGACUGAAGGAGCUGAGUCUUCCAAGAAGAGGCAGUUUCUGCCGGACCAGCAACAGGAAGAGUCUGAUAGUGACAUCCAGCACUUCUCCCACCCUACCCAGACCUCACUCACCACUGCAUGGACACACAGGAAGCAGUCCUCUGGACAGCCCCAGGAAUUUUUCCCCCAACACAGCUGCUCAUUUCUCCUUUGUGCCAGCACGCAGAGCGGAUGGCCGUCGCUGGUCACUUGCUUCUCUGCCCUCCUCUGGUUAUGGAACCAACACGCCCAGUUCCACGGUCUCAUCAUCAUGUUCAUCCCAGGAGAAGCUGCACCAGCUGCCGUUCCAGCCAACCGCAGACGAGCUCCAUUUUCUCACCAAGCACUUCAGCUCUGAGAGUAUCACUGAUGAGGAGGGACGCAGAUCCCCCGCCAUGAGACCCCGCUCCCGCAGCCUGAGCCCUGGCCGGUCGCCCACAUCCUUCGAUCAUGAGAUCGUCAUGAUGAAUCACGUCUAUAAAGAACGUUUUCCCAAGGCCACGGCUCAGAUGGAGGAUCGCUUGUCUGAGUUUUUGGCGUCAUUGGCUCCUGAUAAGGUGAUGCCCCUGGCGGACGGGGUCCUGAGCUUCAUCCACCACCAGGUGAUCGAGCUGGCCAGAGACUGCCUGGACAAAUCACGAGAAGGCCUCAUCACCUCACGCUACUUCUACGAACUGCAGGAGAACCUGGAGAAGCUGCUACAGGAUGCCCAUGAGAGGUCGGAGAGCGGGGAGGUGACCUUUGUCACCCAGCUGGUGAAGAAGCUGAUGAUAAUCAUCGCCCGUCCGGCACGCCUGCUCGAGUGCUUGGAGUUUGAUCCAGAGGAGUUUUAUCACCUCCUGGAGGCAGCAGAGGGCCAUGCUAAAGAGGGACAGGGCAUCAAAUCUGACAUCCCCCGCUACAUCAUCAGUCAACUCGGCCUCACCAGGGACCCACUGGAGGAAAUGGCCCAGUUAAGUAGUUAUGACAGUGGGAAUCCAGAGACCCCAGAGACAGAGGACUCCAUUGACGGUCGAGGUGCCACAGUGCAGCCGCCCCAGCCUCAGGCUAAAACCAAAACUCCGAGGGAAGAAGACUUUGAGAACAUCAAACUCAUCAGUAACGGCGCUUACGGUGCUGUGUUCCUGGUGCGGCACAGAGAGACUCGACAGCGCUUUGCCAUGAAGAAGAUCAACAAACAGAACCUGAUCCUGAGGAACCAGAUCCAGCAGGCAUUUGUGGAGAGAGACAUUCUCACCUUCGCCGAAAACCCCUUCGUCGUCAGCAUGUUCUGCUCCUUCGAAACCAGGAGACAUCUCUGUAUGGUCAUGGAGUAUGUGGAAGGAGGAGACUGUGCUACUUUGCUGAAGCAUAUUGGGGCUCUGCCUGUAGACAUGGCUCGUAUGUACUUUGCUGAGACUGUUCUUGCCCUGGAAUACCUGCAUAACUAUGGCAUCGUCCACAGAGACCUCAAACCAGACAAUCUCCUCAUCACGUCUAUGGGUCACAUUAAGCUGACAGAUUUUGGUCUGUCUAAGAUCGGACUAAUGAGUCUCACCACCAACCUGUAUGAGGGACACAUCGAGAAGGACACCAGGGAGUUUCUGGACAAACAGGUGUGUGGUACGCCAGAGUACAUAGCCCCAGAGGUGAUUUUGCGACAGGGCUACGGGAAGCCGGUGGACUGGUGGGCCAUGGGGGUAAUUCUCUAUGAGUUUCUGGUGGGCUGUGCGCCGUUCUUUGGGGACACACCAGAGGAGCUGUUUGGACAGGUCAUCAGUGAUGAGAUUAUUUGGCCUGAGGGAGACGAGGCUCUGCCACCUGAUGCUCAAGAUCUGAUCUCCAAACUACUCAGACAGAACCCUCUGGAGAGACUGGGCACAGGGAGUGCAUAUGAGGUGAAGCAGCAUGGUUUCUUCUCUGAUCUGGACUGGAACGGACUCCUGAGACAGAAAGCAGAAUUUAUCCCUCAGCUGGAAUCUGAAGAUGAUACCAGCUACUUCGACACUCGUUCAGACAGAUAUCACCACAUAGACUCUGAGGAAGAGGAGGACACUAACGAUGAUGAGCAUGUGGAGAUUCGUCAAUUUUCCUCCUGUUCUCCUCGAUUCAGCAAGGUGUACAGUAGUAUGGAGCGUCUGUCUCUCCAUGAGGAGAAGAGAACUCCUCCCCCCACAAAGCGCAGCCUCAGUGAGGAGGGGGGAGAUCGGGUGGACAGUCUGAGUGGGCUCAGAUCCAGAGAGCGCAGCUGGCUGGUCGGAUCUCCUGAAAUCCUGCGGAAGCGUCUGUCCGUCUCGGAGUCCUCACACACGGAGAGUGACUCCAGUCCUCCUUUGACUGUGCGUCGCCGGUGCUGCUCCGCCAUCAUCGAAAUGCCACGCUUUGCCAUCUCCACAGAGGAGGAGGGGGGCAGGAAGACCCCCAUCAGGGGCCCACGCAGUGAGGAACUGCCCCAGGCCAUCCCAGAACUCCCAGUAGAGAGAGAACUCAAACUGGACGAGUCACCAACCACACCAGGGUCAACGUCCAGUCAGCUCAGCCGAACCACACUGACACCGGGGAGCUCAGGUGAUGUGUGUGAGCGUGCGUCUCCUCGCUGUAGCAGCAGCACUGACGGAGCAGACACCUCCUCUCAGAAGGCGAUCAGUGACUUGGCCGCCCGCCGCGCCCGACACCGACUCCUGUCAGGAGAAUCUGACAAACAGACGUCCCGUCCCCUCAACAAAGUCAUCAAAUCAGCCUCUGCCACCACCCUGUCACUCAUGAUCCCCGCAGAUCACCACGGGGCCUCUCCUCUGGCCAGCCCCAUGUCUCCUCACUCUCUCUCCUCCAACCCCUCCUCCCGUGACUCCUCCCCCAGCCGGGAUCUGUCCCCGGCGGUGUGCAGCGUCAAGCCGGCCAUCACCAUUCACCGCGCUGGGAAAAAGUACGGUUUCACCCUGCGAGCCAUACGAGUUUACAUGGGAGACACAGACAUCUACACUGUCCACCACAUGGUGUGGCAUGUGGAGGAGGGAGGUCCCGCCCAUGAGGCGGGGCUUAGAGAAGGAGAUCUGAUCACUCACGUUAACGGAGAGCCUGUCCACGGCCUCGUACACACUGAGGUCGUCGAGCUUAUUCUCAAGAGUGGUAGUAAGGUGUCCAUCUCUGCCACGCCGUUUGAAAACACAUCCAUCAAAGUGGGCCCUGCUCGCAAGACCAGCUCCAAAUCAAAAAUGGCUCGUCGCAACAAGAGGACCAAGACCAAAGAGGGCCAAGACAGUAAGAAGAGGAGCUCAUUGUUUCGGAAGAUCACAAAGCAGGCUUCUCUCCUGCACACCAGCUUCAGCCUGUCAUCUCUAAACCGAUCUGUGUCGUCUGGAGAGAGUGUCCCAGGGUCACCCACGCACAUGUCCCCCCGUUCACCCACACAAGGCUAUCGCUCCACCCCCGACUCCACACACUCCGUUGGAGGGAAUUCCUCCCAGAGCAGUUCUCCCAGUUCAAGCGUGCCAAACUCCCCCGCCAGUUCGGGUCAGAUCCGGCCCAGUUCCCUGCAUGGCCUGGCCCCAAAGCUCCAGCGCCAGUACCGCUCUCCUCGACGCAAGUCUGCCGGCAACAUCCCUCUGUCUCCGCUGGCCCGUACACCCUCCCCUACUCCUCAAAGCACCUCCCCCCAGCGCUCCCCCUCUCCUCUGGCCAGUCAUGCGCUGGGAAGCUCCUCCGUUGGACAGUCCUUCCCCGUCAAACUCCAUUCCUCCCCUCCCCUCGUCCGUCAGAUCGCCCGGCCAAAAAGCGCCGACCCGCCGCGUUCCCCACUUCUCAAGCGUGUCCAGUCGGCUGAAAAACUCGCCGCCUCUCUCUCAUCCUCCUCCUCUUCCCCGUCUCCUUCCUCUGCCUCGGAUAAGAAGCUUCCGGUCAGCACCAGCCGUAAGCACAGCCUGGACAUCUCUCACUCUGAGUUUAAGAAGGAGAUGCUCCAGAGAGACCCCAGUCUCCAGAGUCUGCAGGAGUCCGCCAGCGAGACCCUGUCGGGGGGCCGGGGGUCUCCUGCCGAAAAGGGUUGCCUUCAGAAACACUCAACUCGUAAGCUCGGACGACAGGAAGGUCCAGAUUCAGGGCCCGGUUCUCUGGGACUGGGGCCAGGGAAGAGCAAACUGAAAGACAAGUUGUCAGCCAUCCGUCAGGAUCGCGCAGAACGUCGAGAGUCGCUGCAGAAGCAGGAUGCCAUUCAUGAAGUGGAUUCUUCAGAGGACGAUACUGACGAGGGGUCAGAGGACAGCCAAGAUGGGCGGAGGGCGACCUUUGCCCCUGCCAGCGGCGUAUUGCGCCCCACCACAGUGAUGGGAGCCCCACACAUGAUCAGACUGGGGUCACCAGCACUGACACCUCUGUCCCAGUCUCCCUCCACACUAACACAGACAGGAUCAUCUCAGCUCUGCCAAACAGUGCCGACCCACACCCAAACUCUACCACAGACCCAAACUCUACCACAGAGCCAAACUCAGAGCCAGACUGAUGUCAAGCCUGGCUCCACUCAGACCCCAGCCACUACUCUCACCGAUGCAUCCACAGACGCUAGCCUAACUUCGGCGGAAGAAGACGCCGGAAAGAGAGAAGGGAAAGCCCAGGACAUUCCUCCUUUUGACAAACCUUCUCCUCCUCAGCCAAGCCCUCUCUCAAUCACCUUCUCCACCCCUGGCAGCGCCUUCACCUCUGUCAGUAAAGACCCUUUCCUUAAACCUGCAGUGCCCCCACAGGACAGGAGGACCCCAAAGCCCGCUGAACACAGGGGAAAAACCGGAGGCAAGCAGGACCAGGGGACAGCAUCUGCUGCCCAAGAGGCCGCCAUGACUUCCACCCCAUCAGGUGGCAUCACCAAGGAGAUGAAGGAAGCGGACAACCGACGGCAAGCCGCCGCCGCCGCCGCUAACGCUGCCGCUAACGCUGCCGCUAACGCCAGUUCUCAAGCAUCAGCCGGCACAUCAUCUGAGAGUGGAGUGGACAAAAUGGUGUCCCAGAUGACCACAGUGGCUAAGAGUGUUUUGGGCCCUGUCAAACUGAAUGUCCCAGGAUCUAAACAGGGUGCAGACAGGCCUAAAGACCAGCGACCCUGUUCUGAUACAGCUACACCACAGAGUAAAGAGCCCAGACUGGACUCCCAGGAUGUGAUGACGCCGUCCCCCACACCAUCCUCUCAGCCUGCUCCUCAACAGUCCAGCUCACCUCCACGAGUAACCUCCUCCAAACCUGAGCCAUCCACCUCCUCUCAAAGAUCCCAGGAUCCUCCAGGAGCCACUAAGAAACCCUCUUCCCCAAAAGACUGCUCCAAGGCAGGGGAAGAGCCCCAGGAAAGACUGGGCACUGCGCAGAUCAGCAGCUCACCCAGACAGAGGCCCGAGACACAGGGCCAAACCCACACCAGACCUAGUUCCACCACGUUACAGGACAAAGCCAACAAGAAGGCAUAGCCGCAUCACCACAAACCAAACAGGUCGCUGCGGUCAGAUUUGCAUUCACUUGUGCAUGUUUGAAUCUAAGAAAAACAACAAAAAACAAUAGAUACUCUUUCAGUACACUAACCUUUAAGGAGGUUAGUUUACCUUUAACCUUUAAGGACCAUGAGGAGGAAAAGAACAAAAACCAUAGGCUGUGAGGAAACCCAAAGACUCUGUGCCGUGUGACUCAGACCUAAAUGACACUCGGGCUGUUUCACGUUUUCUUUCAUAUUCUUAUCUCUUAACUCCUCCCUUUAUCUCUUAACUCCUCCCUUUUAUUUCCAAAUUUGUGUCCUUGUGAAGCUGGUGUCCACUACCCACACAGGAGAGUACCUACGGGGCUAGAAAUAAACACUUUGAGUUCAUCAGUCCUGACUCACGCAUACUGUCCCUCUCGCACGCACGCACACACACACACGCGCGUGCACACACACUCAUCCACAUCGUCUUUUAGCAUAAAGAUAGCGUCCAUGCCUUCUUCUAGGAAAUAGUUCUGGCUGUGCCUUAAUUGAUUCUACAUAUUCACAUGCAUGUCUCUCUCUACCUGUCAUCACCAAGGUGGGGCAAGAUGUAUCUCAGCAAUAACUGUAGCGUAUGCUUAGCAAUUUGUAUAAAUCUGUCACAAAACUACAUUUCCCAUAAUCCCAGUCUCCUAAUAGUUCCUGAAUACCAUAGGUGUCAGUCACUUGCUAACAGGACAGUACCAGACUUGUGGUUUCCAAAGAAAGCUUGUCAUGUGUGAGUUGCACAUAAGGACUGAUUUCAGUUGUUGAUCAGCGGUUUUAUGUGGCAUUCUGUGAAAUUUAAACUUCAUAUGUGACAUAGCUGUAGCGUGGUUCACUGAAAAAACAAAAGACUUUUCAUCAAAUUCUUUCCAAACAUGUCUGUUAAAGUUGCCGCUUUUUUCAAAUCUUGAAUUUAUGUUUAAUUGCUUUCAAAAACAACUGAAUGUCCUGUUUUGUGUUUUACUGUCAUAAACAAAAGAAUGUUGUGUUUUUAUCACCAGUUCACUGCUAUGCUCUCAUCUGGAAAUAUCUCUCGAUUUGUUAAUAUUUGUGCCUCUUUUGUCCAGUCAUCAGGAACAUAGCAGCACAGUCGUGCUCAGAGCUGGACUGGUCCCCCAGCCCAGACAUAUCUGUAGCAAGCUUUUAGAUAUCCAGACUUGACUAGAGUUCAGUUUAGAUUUCUAGCCCCUCUUAUCGUCUGCUUUUAGGUAAAGCCAUGAGCAUUCUCCACAACUUUUAAUAUCUGGACCAAUGUGCUGUGUUUUUCUCUCUAUAUGUGUUUUCUUUUGAUCUUGUUCUUUGCCCGUGUGUGUGUAAAUGAAGACAAACGUGUCUGUUUAUUGUUGGUUUAUACGCUGAGGUAUUGGGAGUGUGCGUGCGUGCGUGCGUGCGUGUGUGUGUGUGUGUGUGCGCGUGUGUUUUGUGUGUGUGUGCAUGCGUGCACAUUAGACUAGAUGAUGGGGAGUGGCCACAUUAGUCCUGUGAGAGGCCCCUCAGGGUCUCCCGACAGGCUGUUGGAUGCAUUUGCACAAACCUUUUUAUUUCUGUGUGUGUGUGUCAUGUGUAAAUUAAACUCAAUAAAACGAAAUCCAGUUGGAUCACAGGCUCUGUCGAGAUA